ACAUAUACCCGAGCUUAUACGAGGUAUGUGUUCGGUUUUUAUCAAGCGGUGCUUGGACGCGCGCGUGCUCCGCCGACCGACGGACAGACAACACACAGUUGAUGUUCGCGCGCCGUGAGGAAGACACAUCCGCUAGUCUGUGCUAGUGAUUUACUGUGUUCAAGAAAACGACCGAGUGAAUUUGAUUAUCGUAACUUUGACGUGACCUGUGAACGAAAUAAAGGGCUUAAACGUAUGCGAAAGUAGAGAGCUUCAGUUAGAAGAAACAUGACAUCGACUACGAGGUUACAGUUGCUGACGUGCCUGAUGGUGUACGCGUCCAGUGUACACGGCAUCAUGGUGAAGUUCGGCACGAAGGGUGGGCCCAUCGAGCCACCGGUCCCUGAGCCGUCGCUGCCUCCCCCGCAGCCGUAUCGAGCUCCCGCACCGGUUUGGGAAGAAAGGUCUAAUGACGCACCAGACCCCAACGCUCAAUGGAGACCCCAGCCCUUCAAAUCUCAACCUCGAUACACGCAUAUCGUAUACAACGUUCCAACUGCUCCUCCUCUAUCUUUAACCAAUGCUCAAAAAUUCGUCAACUCCUACAUACCAAACCGACGAACAGUUCAGCCAAUACAGGCAGAACCCACCCAAAACUAUUUCACACCAGCCCAAUUCUUAAGUUCUCAAAGCCUACCAGGUGUUGGUCUGAGAUAUUUUGUUCCUUUAUAUCUCAAUGAGCAAAAAAUAGAAAAAAGUAAACAGGAUGAUUCGAAACUAAAUCGUAUUGAAACCGAUCAAGUCGAUGAGACUAGUAAAUACUCUGCCAGUGAUUCUCAGUGGAAAUAUGAGAAAGAAGCCGCAAAAAGAACUACAAGAAACACGCAAGAGGUAAUCAACUAUUUUUAUCAGAACUGGAGUUUAGCUUAUCACAAAAUUGAUGAACAUAAAAGAAAUAGGUUUAUCAGUAAUAUAUAAUAAAAUUGGUUAACUCUGACUUGUAGAGCAUGUUCUCGGAAAAUUACAACGUUAUUAUUAUAAGGGAUUUUUAUUGAAUAUCUUUAAUAUAAAAACAUUAAAUCUGAAACAACAUUCAAACUAUUUAUUUUGAAAUUCAUGUCUAGUAUUUGUAACUCCAUUUUAAGAUUUGUUAGCGUACUAGUCUACUUAUUACAUGACGUGUUUAUUUUGUGGCAAAUAUUUGAAUACGUACAAGUUUUAAGUUUAAAUUCUUUUGUUACAGGUUGAAACAUUCCCCAUCUACCAAUGGCCAAUAUAUAUUAUUCCUCGACACCGUUAAGAUUUUAACAACAUUUUAUUAAUUUACAGACAUCGCAGCUGAUCAUAUUGUGCAAAAACUUUUUUAAACAAUAUGGAUCAAGAAAUGUAUUUAAUAGAAACUCGUUUUUUUUUUUUUUUUUAAAUAAGAUUAUACAGGUAAUUUCAAAAUGAACUUGCGAUGUCAUAAGUAGUUAGUGUUUAAGUAAGAUUAAGAUAAAAGUGCCAGAAUUUAAAAUAAUCGUAUACAUAAUUGCAUAAAAAUUGCGUCUGACAGUGUUUAAUAUAUAAAAAAAAAACUAUGUGAAGUCUUAUGAAAUUAAAUGCACAAUGAAUAAGUAUGUGCAUUUGGUAUUACAAAAACUGUCCUUCACGGAUUGUCAUGGCAAUUUGAUUUAUAUUUAAUAUGUAGUAAUGUAUGGAAGGUACCCUUUCGAAUGCAUAUCAAAAUAUGAUUAAUUCGUCUUCAAGGUUAAAUAUAGAGCUGUGAAAAUCACAUUCAAAUUUCUGAUUUACAGCUCACGAUUGUGUGAUUUCAGUUAUUUAUGUUGAUUUUAAUAGUUUUCUGAUGGCAGCCCCUUGGCAUUCAAACUAUAAAACUGACGUUUAAUGUUUUCUAUACUAUAAUAAAGUGGAAGUAUACUAAAAAUUGAAUUAGGAAUGGAUUAGGUUGGAAAAUUUGUUGAAUCCAAAUUAGUAGAGGCGUUCCAUUAUUGUCAAAAAUAUUAUGGUACCUAAUGAUGUAAUUAUAUAAUACAUAUUGUUUCAUUCGCAAGUAUGUACGAUAUGUAACGACAGAUACAUUUUGUCGCUCAACCACUGCGAAAUAGAAACGAGAAAGACAAUUAUGAUGACUAUUUUCACAAAAAAAAACUGGAACAUAUAAUAAUAUCAUUUGUUUUGUGUUCACAAUGGCGAGACGAAGUUUUAUUACACCAUUGUAUAAACUAUUUUUAGAUUUUCGUCAGCAAAAAUAAAACAGAUAUUUGGUUCAGUUAUAGGUGUAUGUAUAUAUUUUAUUUCCAACAGAAACGAUUUUAUGUUUGUGAUUUUUCACGUCGUUAAGUUUUUGUUUAUAUUUUUAAUAAUAUUCUUUGACGAAUCAAACGUUUUUGUAUGUAUGUCCCGUAGUUUUAAUUACGCUUGUAAAUAUGUAAAAUAAAUGGAUAUUAUUUUUCAAA